CAAUUUUUCCGAAAAUGGCAGCGAAUUUUUGCAAAAGAUUUUUAGCUGCAAAAAGUUUAAUUAAUGUAAAUAGAAACCUUAAAAAUGUGCAACGUAAUUACGGUUACAAAAACAACACAACGCAUCAACCAUCAAAAACUUAUGGAAAAUAUUUAUGGAUUAUUGGCGGCGAUGCGACUGCGAUCAUUUGCAUAAAUUUAUUCAAAUCCGGGACCAAUUCAGUGAAAGCAUUUAAUAUGAGACACUCAAAGUAUGAUGAAGAUUCAACAAUAAGCAAAUUAACAGCACGUGAAAGACGUUUUAUCAAGUUUGCGUCCAGGGAAUAUGACGGGCAAUUAUACAUGACACCACAAGAUUUUUUUUUUAGAAUCGCUCGCUUGAAACGUCGCAUACUAACUAAACGUGAUAUAAAUUCAAUGCGUGAUGAAACUCCACCGUUGAAGAAAGGUUCAAACCAAUUGUCUAGAAAAUUAAGGGAUCGAG